AUGGCACCCGUCUUUGUGCCGACCAUUUUCAUCGCUGUUCUCUGCUCAGUUCAGAGCCGAUCUACAGGGAAAGCUUCAUUUGAAAGGAGUGAAGAGGACAUGGAACUUGACAGAACCAGCACGAACAGCGUUGAGGAGGAGGAUUUUUCUGCUUCAACGCUCAUUGAGAAGGCCAACAGAAACCUUGGGAAAAGACUUGGCGGGGAAGGAAUUUUUGGGGACAUUGCAGUAAAUACUGGGUUCAUUAACGCUGACCCCUGCACAGCUCGCACCUGCAAAUGGCUGAAGUCCUCUGAUGGGAACGUUUACGUGCCCUAUGUGAUCUCUAACCCAUACUUUUCGGACCGGGAGAGGUCCGUUAUUGAAGGUGGGCUGCAAACCAUUUCUGCAUCAACCUGCGUCCAAUUCCUUCCCCGAACCAAUCAGAAGGACUUUGUGGACAUCCAGUCUCAGGCAGGCUGUUUCUCGUAUAUUGGACGCCAGCGAAAUGGCCAGGUGGUGUCUCUGCAUAGGAACGGAUGUGUCCAUCUGUCUGUGGUGCAGCAUGAACUGCUGCACGCCUUGGGCUUCAACCACGAGCAUUCGCGCAGUGACGGUGACAGCCAUGUUCAAACCCUGACUCUGAACAUUUUGCCUGACAUGAAGUACAACUUCGACAAGAUCGCCACCCUAAACCAAGGAACUCCCUAUGACUACAACUCUGUCAUGCAGUACGAGAGGUACGCCUUCUCCAAGAACAACCGCCCCACCAUGGAGCCCAUCCCCAACAACAACGUGUCUUUCGGCGAGGCCACUCAGAUGAGCAAGAACGACAUCGACAGGCUGAACAGGCUGUAUGGCUGCUAAACCUGUGGUCUCACUUCCGAUGGACUCAAGAUCAUUCCGCUGAAGGAGUAGAGUGACCUCUAGUGGUACAACUAUUAGAAUUCAAUUUGCCUCAAAACAUCAAGGCUGUGCCAUCUCUAAUAAUCACAAUAAAAAUAUGAUCAACUGAAAUCAAAAGA